AUGGCGGCAGCUCCCCGACGUCUGGGGCGGCUAGCCAUGGGCUCUCUGGCCACCGCUGCGGUUGGGGGUGCUGGUGGCUACGUCAUGUACAAGCAGAGGCUAAAGGACAACAAGGCGGUCACUGCCGUGGACUUCAACGCAGCACAGGACCAGGCCAAAGUCUCCAACGCCCUCCGCGCAGCCGCGCGACGGGAGGCGACCCUCCGGCUGGAGAUGUAUAGAUAUACCACAUGCCCCUACUGCGGCAAGGUGAAAGCCUUUUUGGAUUACUUCCGCAUACCUCACGAAGCAGUGGAAGUGGAGCCCAUGUUCAAGUCGCAGCUGAAAGCCAGUGAGUACAAGAAGCUUCCACAGCUCCGUUUCGGCGGUGAUGACGGAGUGUGGCUGGUAGACAGCGACUGCAUCGUCGAUGCCAUGUCACGAGCAAUGGGCCUGGAGUCGCAGUUGUCGGACCCAGAGAUCGAGCGGUGGCGGUCUUGGGCACGUGAGUCGUUGGUGAGGCAUGUCACGCUGAACAUCAACAGGAGCCUUGCCAGCGCGUGGCAGGGCUAUAGUUACAUAGAUGCUUUCGAUACCAUCCCACUGGUCAACAAGCUCUUUUUGAAGGUGGUUGGUGCGCCAGUCAUGUACAUGGUGGCUACCAAAAAGACAUAUCCGACCCUGGUGAAAUCUGGAGAUCUGAAAGAGUCAGACGAUUGGCGAAGCGUCUUCCAUGCGCAAGUCAACCGUUUUGUGGACGAGGUUCCACUCACCAAGAAGCGGCCCUUUCAUGGUGGACAGAAGCCUGAUCUUGCGGACCUGGACGUCUAUGGUGUUUUGCAGUCCAUUCGAGGACAUGAGGUCUACCGAGACAUGCUUGAGAACACCAAGAUUUCUGACUGGAUGGGACGGAUGGAUGCUGCUACGGGCAAAACUUCCGAGUAG